GAUCGGAAAAAUAUAGUAAUCUCCUAACUCCUUUCUCUCUCUCUCAUUUCUCGACGAGACUUCAUGGUUGAAGAGGACGAAGUUAUUGUUCUCGGCACCGGUCUCAAGGAGUGUAUCCUCAGCGGUCUCCUCUCCGUCGAUGGUGUCAAGGUGCUUCACAUGGACAGGAAUGAUUACUAUGGUGGAGAGUCUACAUCUCUUAACCUGAAUCAGCUUUGGAAGAAGUUCAGGGGAGAAGACAAGGCUCCUGAACAUUUAGGUGCUAGCAGGGAUUACAAUGUUGACAUGAUGCCUAAG